CUAAAAAUAGAGGAGGAGCAGGGGAAGCGCCGGCACAAACACACACACACACACACACACACAGUUUCUCUCAUGCACACACACACACACACGCACAUACACACACAUACUCUCGCACAGAUGUACGCAGAUAUUUGGGACUAAGCUUAAAUAGCUAAUAUUAUUGAUUCCCCACCUAUCCUUCCUUUUCCAAUUCUCUCUGUACUGAUUCGGGUUCUCUCUCUAAUGAUGGAGGGGGAAAUGGAGAAUCGGUACCGUCUGGAAGCUUUGGUCAUUUUUCAAAGAGGGAAGUUACUCCGUUUUCUGUACAAAAGGACGCGGCAAAGGAAAAAGCUAUCAGAAGUCGCAAUGGACGGCUAUCAGGUUGGGACAAUAUUUGUCAGCUUACAUAUAAAAGCAAACGCAAUUCAAUCUCCCCCCUCUUCCUCCUCCUUCGCCUCCUCCUCUUCAUCCUCCUCCUCCUCCUCCCAAUCCAGAGAAGGAUGGGCAUCAAAAGGAAGAACGAUUUAUCCAGACUUACUUGUCAGCGAGAGAAUCCACUCAUUUUAAGAAGUUCUGUACAGCAGCCAGUUCGAUUUAGAUCCUUUUCUCCAGGGUGUUCUGUAUGGACGUAGGUGAUUUUUCUUCUAACGGAACUGUUCGUCUAUGUAAGGCUGGGAGGGUGAGGAGAGACAGAACACAGAGUAUGGUCACAACAGUUAAUAAAUACAAUUAAGGAAAAAUUUCAACUGCACUAGGUUUUAAACGAAAGAUGUAAAAGACCCCAACACUGUAAUAUAAGGGCGGUAACAGACUAUAAUCCACUGCCCACAUUUGGGCGUUAACAGAAAAUGCACGUGCAUGUAUGUAUAUGUGUUGCAAGAUACAACCCUACUGUAUAGAGAUGAUGAUAAUAAUGUUUGAUCAUGUUGUUCCAUCCGUAUUUAGAAAUUUUGUUUUUCCUUUUGUUGCUCUAUAAAUGAUAAUAUUUUUGAAUGGAUUCUAAUUGAUAUGCUUCUUUUUGAAAGGGGGAGGGACCUUCACAGAAUAAUUUAAAAUGUUUAUUGACUGAUGUGUUCAAUUAACCAUUUGCCAGUGAAGUGUUUAAGUAUCUGAAAAAUAUUAUUGAAAAAUAAUUACUGUUACCUGGUGCCGAAUACUGCUUCUACAGUUUGAAAUGUAUUCAACAGCUAGUUAAACAUUUUAAAAACAAAAAUGAUCUAACUUCCUAGCCUUUGAAGGUUUUUUUAAAUCAACAUUACCUUGCUGCAAAUAAAUCACAACUGCAUGAAAUAAAAAAGGGGGGAAUGAAAACAUGCAUAUUAUAUGUCUUCUUCAUUUUCAUAUGCAGUUAUGACUGUUGGACAUAGAUUUAAUGUGGUCUUUCUGAUUCUCUGUACCCUUCUGUACUAUACAGGCAUUUGAGAGUUGAAUCAUGGUUGUUGUUGUAUUAAUACAAUAGGUUUUAUUCCAUUUUCAAACUAGUACUAUUUCUAAACCGCUUGUUUUCCGUUGUUGUAUUAAUACAAUAGGUUUUAUUCCAUUUUCAAACUAGUACUAUUUCUAAAUCGCUUGUUUUCCGAUAUUCAUGUGUUCAUUUUGGCCUUUUUUUUUUUUCCUCUUAGGGGGGAGUAUUAUUCAGGUUAAAAGAUGGCCUGUAAGUGGGUUUUACCCAUUUAGAUAAAGGCCACUCGUGAAAGAAUUCCUAUUGCUUAAACAACACAGCUAAGUUGUUUAUAUGUGUGCAAUUUACCCCUCCCCUAUGGAGCACAUAUUCUUUUAUUUUAACUGUUCGCCUUUUUACUCUUCCUCUGCCUUCUCAUUCGGUGCUGUUUGCUGCCAUCUACCGGCCAAUUAAAUAACUCUUCGAGUUCCUUUCCAUGCUCUACAAUGAUUAAUUUCCCAUGAAAACUAGUUUAACUAGACCAAGAUUUUCAUUUUCUACAUUUAAUGUAUUUUUGUCAUGUAAUGGAUUAGGCAUGCCUUACAGAAUCUGGAAAAGUGACUGAAGAGAAUUUCUACCCGUCUAUUUUAUUUAAGAUUGUGUUAGUAUGUGUUAAAGUGCAUUCAUGGUAGCAAAUUAUUCUUUUUAAAGUAUUUGCAUGAAGUAUUUUUACAGCUUUGUGGAAUGUUUAAGAACAUUUCAGAUGGGACCUGCGUAUGUUUGUAACAGUUAAGAAUAUUUUUCCUAAGGAAUUAUGUAAGAUAUUUUGCUUAAUUGUUUCUGGUAAAUUGUUUCUGGUAAAUUGUUUCGGAUACUUUUUUUCAAUGUAUGUCUGACAGACCUAUUCAAUUUUCAACAGAAAGACAGUUUGCGAUUACUGUUAAAAAAAUUUCUAAAACAAAAUUUUAUUAAUCAUAGGCUAUUGGGGAGUAGAAACCCCCCCAUCUCUUUCGCUCUCACACACAAACUUAUUAUCCAAAUCAGACUAAAUAUAAAUUAUUUUAUCUUCAUGCCUGAAUUAUAUGUAUUCCUCCAGUUAAUAUAGACUAUGAUUUUUGUGUAAAUAUCAUUAUAAUGGGGUAAAUCCUCUUUCAGAUAGAGGCUUUUUGAGAUACUUUUAUUUUAGAAUACCUCUCAUCACACAAGAUAGCCAAGUGACAAAUACCACUUCUGUUAUUUUCAGAGAGCUGGAAAAUCUAUUAAAACAUUGUUUUGCAGCAUUUCUGUUUGUUUUUUUUAAUCAAAGAUUUUUUUAAAAAAUGUGAUGGCAGCUAGUUUGUUUUGUUUUGUAUCUUGACUUUAUUCUAAACACCCAUUUCCCCUUCUAGUUAAUUAUUAGCUAAAUCCUUUUGAUAAAGUAAUGAAAGGUAGUUUCCCCAUGCUCUUUUUGGGAAAAAAAUCCCCUGUGAUCCCAUUAAAAAGAUAAUUAUACAUUGUAGGGGAAGUGAGGUAAAUUAAACACAAAUGGCUGAAAAUUAAAAUUGAAUGGUUAUAUGUUUGAAAAGAGGAAAUUGAGAGGCUAAGACGAAAUGUGUGUGUGUGUGAUGAGUUGUAUGCCUUUAGUAGGUUUUAUAAAUGCCCACAAUAUAAACAUCAGUUAGACUUGUGGUAAGACAAAAGAAGCUCAUCUCUUGUGAAUACUUUUAUGAUCCUAAAUAAAUUUAUGAGGCUAUUCAAUUCCACUCCCCCUCCGUGUGUGUGUGUGUGUGUGUGUGUGCAUGUGCGCGCGCGCAGGGUGUGUUUAAAGGCCAAUCUUAAGUUUAUGGUACCAAUUUGAUUCUUCUGUCAAAGAUCAUGCUGUUUGCUGAAUUCCAACACUCCCAUUUACAAAGGAAAAAUAGAAUUUUCUUACUUGCUUGCCAUUCUAUAUCUUAUUGAAAAUUUAAUGAUUGCUUAAGCUUGCUUCAACUUUUCCCUCCCCUCCUUUUGCCCCUAAAUAAUUCCCUGGCCUAGCAUGUGCCUAAAGAAAUAUUUAGGUGUAGAUUUUAAUCCCUUCAUUUAUCUCACAUCAGCACCAGCACUUUUCCUGGUGCUUUCUAAAAUUGGAUUUUGCUAAAGCAAAAAGGCAGGAAAGAAUGGAGAGGAAACAGGAGGGGGAGGGUCAGAAACAUGGAGCACAUUUUCAGCAAAGCACCAGCUACAUACUUCUGUAAACAAAUACUGUUAAUCUUUAUUAAUUAUUCACAUACUUAUGCCUUAAACUGGUGAAGAUAAAUUUUCUGAGCUUAAAAAAAGCUCUGUCAGUAUCUCCUAACAAUAACAGGGCAUAGAAAAGAGUUUCUUUGCCCUAUAGCUGGCUCAUGUUAUUUUCAACUAAUAAAAAUAUUAGUUGAAAAAUAUUUGCCCACCAUAAAAGUUUGCCAAGGGACCUAUAUUUUCACAGUAAUCAGAGGGGGAAGGAGGAAGAAAAAUUAGAUUUAGAAGAGAAGAAGAAAAGGUUGGUGGGCUAUGCAUUAAAAUAAAUAUUCUCAACUACCUAUGGUGUUAGAUAAUAUCUGAGAUGGGGGAUAUAGAAUCAAACAAAUAAAUAGAUUGAUAAACAAAUUGCAAUAAAAAGGGAUUAUUCUGACCCAAAAUAUUGAUUACUGAAACUGUUCUCUCCCCACUAGUACAACAUACACCCAACUUAAAAGAUAGACUAGCAUUCAGCAGGCUUUCAAGUCAUUUUCUGGUAUUGAUUUAUUCUUUUUAACAGCUGUAAAAUCAAAAUACAUGUGUUACAUAGAAAGCAGUUAUUAUUUCCAGGAUUUGGCACAUAGGAAGUUUUUUCUUCAUAUCUGGACAAUAAAUAACUACUGGCGGAGCAUAAAUUAAUCUGUGGUUCAACUUUAGAGUUUACCUAUUUUCAGAUUUAAAGUUUCAAAAAUUUUGCAUCGUUUAAAAUGUUCCAUCUGAAUUGCCAAAUUUGAAUAGUGGAACUUUUCUGCAACACACAAAAAGGUCUGAAAAGGGCUAGGCUUUUCUCAUUGUAAAGAAUAUAAAUUAGAGACUCUUUAAUGUAUUUAUUAUAUAUUUCAAUUUUAGCUAUUUUCUGUUCCCUAAACCAUCCUUUACCAGACCAAUGCCUCUUUGCCCACAUUCACCCAUCCACAAAGUGUAUUUCCAGUACCAGUUCUUAACAUUAAAUAUUCAAAUAAUCAAAUAAUCCACUCACCAAUCUGUGAGAUUUCCCUGUUAUUAAGCAAGUAACAGAAGUAUUGUGUUGAUUUGAAAUUAAUUAGGGUUGUUUUUGCUCAGAUCCACUUUCUUACUCUUCUUCCACCCAAUUUUCUCCAUUUUUACAUAUCAGUAAAACAGAUUAGUUUAAAGUUAGGAGGUACUCAGAACAUAAAGGAUAAGGGGGGAAGAAUCAGCAGGAACACAAAUCAAAGACCUGGGUAGUUUGUGUGUGUGUGUGUUUUGUGUGUGUGUGUGUGUGUGUGUGUGUGUGUGUGUGUGUAAGAGAGAAAAAGAAAGAAAAGGAAAGAGUGCCUUGAACAAACAAACAAAAAUUACUCCCCCUGCUUGCAAUUUCCUUUCAUUCUAAGAGUUCUACCAUAGUAGUGUUGGGACCAUGUGGGUUUCUAUGCCAUUAAAACAGAGGCUAACAAAUUAGAUAGUAAACCAACGUAUUUUGUGGUUCCUUAACCCUUGACAGAAAAAAAAAUCGCAUUGGUCAUUAAAAGGGAUAGCAUUGCCAUGUAAAUCCGGUCUGGGAGCAAUUGAGGGUGUGUGGUGGAGAAUUCUUAUGAACAGAUUGCACAUCUGUAAUCAAGGGAUGAUAGAGAGAUUAGUUGCUUUACAGUUUCAUUUGUUCAAAAGCCCAGGGAAAUCCUGUGGUAGGUAAAGGAAAUCAGGAAUACGGGUGAAUUUAGAAAGAGGUGUGUAUGUUUGCAGAUUGGGGAUGAAGGAUGUGAGAUCGAUAAACAAUGCUUCAAAGUUUUUUAAGAAUCGAAAACAGCACGCUGUAGUGGCUAUUUUUUGUGAAAAGAUGGAAGAGGAGCUGGAUGAACGGAUGGAUAAAUUGGUCGGGGUAAAAGGAGCGAGAGAGACAGAGAACACACAGAGAGAAUGAGAAUGACAGUGGUGGCAAUAUGAUACACAGGGCAAGUAGCAUUUUACAGUUUGAAACUACUAGAAGAAACCAGAACAUUGUUAUAAGAGUGCUUGAAUUCACAAUUGCAUAGAAAAGAAGUGGAAUUGGGGAGAGGGGAAUAAAGGGGCACAUCUUUUAAAAACUAUCUGCCAUAAGCGUGCUAAAGGCAGGGUAAUUUUAUCGCUGGAGAUCGAGGCUUGCCCGCCAAGUGUGAGAACUGGUGAGGAGAAGUCAAACUUCAAACUCCAGCCUUUAGGUCAACUUUUUCAUUCCCUUUAUAGUUAUCUUUUUAAAAAGUUUUAAAGCAGACCAAAGAAUUAGAAGCGAGUUUAAUUUUAUUCCCGAAUUUAUUGCAAAUUCAAACGCACUAAAUAGAAAACCGGAAUUUCCCCCUCUGCCUCCAAAAUUCAUAUAAACCAUUCUGACAUCUCUCACCCCGGGACUAUCCCCUGCUUUGAAUUUCAUAAUUUGAUGUUAGAUGAUCAAUGGGGGAGGGGGAUUGGCAGUCAGACCAGCAGCUGCCUUUAACUCUAACCUGUCCAAAGAUGCGGCCUGAACUGUAAAAACGCAAGAGGGCACCGUUCUUUGCGCAGAAUGUCGUGGGAGCGGAGCUCGAACACCGGCAAUGGCUCUCUCGGACUUCGGACACGGGCGCAAACUUACACGGGAGGGAUUGGGUUAGAUCCGAGACACAAAAUAGGCGCGUGAGGGUAGAAACACAUACCCAGGUGGAAGCAGGAAAGUUGGAGAUGGGACGGGUGUGCGGAGAAUAAAUUGUAAACCCAUCCUCCAGAUGCCCGGUCGGUUGAACCUCCCGAGGAGUUUAAUAAUUCUGAGCUCUGUCCUGCGCUCAGAGGACGCACCAAAAGAGGCUGGCUGGAAUUUAUCUCCCUUCUCCAGAUGCAGCAAUUGAGCGCUUGAACUGGCUGUACAGUAAAGGCUCCCCAUUGCCCCCACUUGAACCCAAAGGUGUGUGGAGGAGGGAGAUAAUAUGCCUUCCAACUCUCUUCCUCCAGGUACUUAUAUGAAAACCACAAACUUUUCAAGUUGAAAAUAUUUCCCAUGUUUUCCUCCUCCCUCUCCACAGUAGCAGCAAGGAUAAGAUUGGUGUCAUUUUUCAUAUCUUUCACUUUUCCCAUGUUUGUUUAUUACUACCAUAUAUAUAUUUAUAUAUCCCCCAAUAGAUUUUCCUAGAUAUGUGAUAAAGAGUGUGGAGAGAGAAACAGGGGUAAAGAGUGGUGCAUGGGGGGGGGGGCGUUUCUGUUGUUUAAAGGUGAUAGUGUUGGUGGCAGAGAUGCUUUCACUGGUUUGUUCUGGGGGGUCCCCUGUGCAGAGCUAACCCCUCUAGGGUGCUAUUUCGCAGCCUCCGACUCCUGCUAUUGGUCAGCGCGUGAUCAGAUGGUUCUCUUCCCUUAUGUCCCUGGUUGGCACGCGGCCAUCCCCCUUCAGCUAAAACCCAAUCUCCCAUAUACUGCUAAUAGCUAAACCGCUUGGACUAUAAAACGCAACAAAUCAUAAAGAGCAAGGGAAAGAACAGACGCUGUUCUUCUGGUUAACUAUUAUUAUUGUUAUUGUUAUUAUUAUUAUUUCCAAUGAGUUCUUAUUUUGUCAACUCUACUUUUCCGGUGAGCUUAGCCGGGGGUCAAGAACCCUUCCUGGGACAGCUCCCCUUAUAUUCCACGGGCUACGCGGAUCCUUUAAGGCACUAUCCCAGCACGUAUGGAACUGGGGGCGGUGGGGUCCAGGAGAAAGGUUACGCGGCCGCGCCUUACUACCAGCAAACCAACGGAGCUUACAACCGGAGUCCAGCCUGCGAUUACGGGACAUCUGGUUUUUACAGGGAGAAAGAGACAGGCUGUUCUCUUUCUAGCCUAGAGGAGCCUGUUCAGUUCGGCCAGGAACAAGCCCGGAAGUCAGAAUGCUCACAGAGCAAGCACGUUUUCGGGGACAACGAGGAUCAAAAGUGCUCCACGCCAGUAUACCCUUGGAUGCAGAGAAUGAAUUCCUGCAAUAGUUCCUCCUUUGGGCCGAGUGGCAGGCGAGGCCGGCAGACUUAUACACGCUACCAGACUCUGGAGCUGGAGAAAGAAUUCCAUUUUAACCGUUACCUG